AUGGAACCUCGCAGAUUCAAGCCCAAUUUAUUGAUCACUGGUACUCCAGGUUGUGGAAAGUCCACUACCUGUGAGCUUUUGCAACGUAGGCUGCCUGAUUACAAGUACUACAACAUUUCGGACUUUGCUAAAGAACAUGACUGUCAUGACGGUUACGAUGAGGCUCGUAAGUCGUAUAUUGUGGACGAGGAUAAGCUAUUGGACGAAUUGGAGCCCUUGCUUCGUGAAGGUGCGGCUAUAGUAGAUUGGCAUGUUAAUGAUGUAUUUCCAGAAAGACUCAUCGAUCUGGUCGUUGUAUUAAGAUGUGACAAUACCAUACUGUACGAUAGGUUAAAAAGUCGAGAUUAUCACGAUGCUAAGAUCCAGGAAAACCUUGAUGCAGAGAUCAUGGGGGUGGUGUUGCAAGACGCUACAGAUUCCUAUGAACAAGAGAUAGUAGUCGAAUUGCAAAGUGACAGUACGGAGCAAAUGGAGGCCAAUGUCGACCGUAUAGUCUCAUGGGAGAAAUUAUGGUUGAAACAGCAUAAAGAUGGUCAAACUAACGAACUGUUAGAGCGGACAAAGGGAGACAGCGAAGAAGACAACGAGAGCGAGCAGUCAAGCGAAGAAAAAAGCCCGUCUGAUGAGGAAGAUACCCAAUGA